AUGGCUGACAAAACAUCUAGCGUCCUGGACGAUUCUCCUGUGGAGAGAGAGAAUGAAUUCUCAUCAGUUGAAGGAGAAUUAGGAGAUCCAUUAAAGAAGAGGACAAAGGUCUCCCUGCAGGAAACUGGUGCAGCAGAUCAGGAAAAGGAAAGCACUACUUUACCAACUAUAAUGACACUAGUAACACAAGACAUACAACUUGGGACUGGAUCGGAAGCAACUAUGGCAGAGUCCAAAGAAUCGGAAAAAAUAUCUCAAACUCCAUCGACUCAGUCUUAUGGGCUUAAUACUGGACCCUCUGCGGAUUCUGAAAAUGAAAAGCCUAAAAUAGAUUCCAGAGGUCUGUCAUCAGCAACAGUGAGUUCUCAGACCCAAGAAAAGAAAUAUUUAGAUAGGGAUAACAAAUGUUCAAUUUGUGGAAAAAAUGAUUGUCCUUGGAAAACGUGUUCUGCUUCUGUGCCAUCAAAACUACUUAUUAGAAAUUUUAAAUCUCCAGUGAAGACGAAGUUGUCGAAGGUUAAUGUCAAGAAGUUGAAGGGAAUAAACACUGCAUCCAAAAGCUGCGUUCAUUCCAGAAGCACAACAAAUGAACGCAUCGCUGACCAUUCGCCAUUUCACAUCUUCAGGUUAAAGGCUGAGCUCUUCAGGGCAGUGGAAAAUGGAGACUUGGCAAGAGUGCAGGAACUGAUUCAAUACACGGGGGCAGCUGUGAGGAGAAGCAAGACCAGCUGCACACUCCUUCAUGCUGCAGCGUCUCACAACCAAGCGGAUGUGGUGAUGUUUCUGCUGAAAUUGAUCAGUCCCAAUGUUACCAACAAGGAGGGACAGACUCCAGCUCACGUGGCCGCUGAAAAGGGUCACACGCAAGUGCUGAAACUUCUAGUGCGUGACCCUGACUUCGAUGCCGACAAACGGGAUAAUCGCCAGAACUCAGUAAAAUCACUGCUUGGCAGCCAUUUGUUGAAGGCAGUAUUGGAAGGAAACGAGGGAGAGGCAGAAAGACCAGUGGUAGCUGGUGCAGAAGCAGACGUUGGCACGGGAGCUUGGAGUGACGACCCCUCGCCUGAUGGACAAAGCCCUGAAGAAGGAUUCGAUUCUUGUAAAGUUUGCUAAGGUCUGUACACGGCAGCUUAAUGUGAGACAGGCAACAACUAUUCAAGGAGGUGCUGAUGUGUACAAGAUGGACAAGGAGGCACGAGGCUUCGUUCGCAUCUUUAACUUCAGUUGUUUCAAGGACAGAUCCGACCUGAACCUUCAGCAACUCGACUACGA